CUUGAGUAGAAUAGGUAGUAUCAGAUAAUCCUUUAGACAAGGUUUCAAACUAGUACCAAAUGAAGUCUCUCAGUCUUUUCAAACAGCUAUCAUGGACCGACCGACUCCUACCAUUACUAAUCAUCUUAUCGAUGAUAGUAGGCAUUUUGAUAUCGGUCUAUUCGAAUACGGCCAAGGAUGCGUUCGACUCCACAGCUACGCUUGCUGGUGUAUCCAUUCCCUUGGCUAUGGGCUUAAUUGUUAUGAUGAUCCCUCCCAUCUGUAAAAUGGAAUGGGAAAACUUUUUCGUGUUGAUCAGACAGAAGGCCCUACUCAACCAGAUUGCAAUCUCUUUGGUGUUGAACUGGAUAGUUUGUCCAUUUUUAAUGUUCGGGCUCUCUUGGAUGGCCUUGUUCGAUAAUCCGGAAUAUAGAAUCGGCAUUAUUAUGAUUGGUAUGGCCCGUUGUAUCGCCAUGGUUAUUUUAUGGAACGAGUUGGCGGGGGGCGAUAAUACUCUUUGCGUGGUUCUUGUAUUAGUGAACAGUUUGCUCCAAAUAGUGCUCUAUGCACCCUAUCAGAUAUUUUUCUGCUACGUGAUUACUGGAGACAAGGCUGCCGGUAGCGUUGAGUACAGUUUGGUGGCCAAGAGCGUGGGAAUCUUCUUGGGAAUUCCGUUGGCUGCCGGUUUCUUGAUCAGAUUGGUGAGUCUUAGGAUUUGGGGACUCGAAAGAUUUACCAAAUAUGGACUUCCAUUCAUCGGACCAUGGGCCUUAAUUGGGUUAAUCUACACUAUCUUGGUCAUUUUCAUCCAAAAGGGAGACGAUUUCAUCAAGAAUAUUGGGUCUGCAUUCUUGUGCUUCAUUCCCUUGGUGUUGUACUUUGUGAUUGCCUGGUUUGGUACCUUCUUUUUGACCAGGUACCUUUCGGCGAAAACCUAUGCCAGACAACAGGCCCUCAAUCUCAGCGAGACUGAGGCAUUGUUGUGUGGAUGCGAGAAGCAGAAGUCUAAUCUUGAUGUUGAAGGCAAACUACCCAAGUGGAUGUCAAGUUGCAGUGCCAGCUAUGGUGAAACUGCCACCCAGGCCUUCACUGCAGCUUCUAAUAAUUUUGAACUAAGUUUAUCAAUCGCCAUUUCUAUUUAUAGCUCGGGUAGCAAGCAGAGUAUUGCAGCAACUUUUGGUCCAUUGUUAGAGGUGCCGAUUUUGUUACUCUUGACUAUUGUGUCAAGAUCACUCAAAUAUUACUACGUAUGGCGUGAUGUGGAAGACGAGGAAGUAAUGUCUCCAUCAGCGUAGCUCGUUCCGUA